AUGUUUGUGGGCGAUUUUGCGGAUAAAGCAGGUCGUCGCCCGGCGUAUCUGGUCUGCUUCAUCAUCUACACGGCCGCCAACAUUGGCCUCGCCUUGCAGGACAACUACGCUGCUCUCUUUAUCCUCCGAUGCCUCCAGAGUGCCGGGAGCAGUACAACCAUCGCCCUCUCAUCGGGCGUCGUCGCCGACAUCGCCAUUGCGGCCGAGCGGGGAUCGUACAUGGGCUUUGUGACGGCCGGAUCGCUGCUGGGGCCUGCGCUGGGUCCCGUAAUUGGAGGCCUUUUAUCGCAGUAUCUCGGAUGGCGGUCGAUCUUCUGGUUCCUCGUCAUCUUCGGGUGUGCGUUUCUCGUCCCCUUUGUUCUCUUCUUCCCCGAAACGUCUCGAGUGAUUGUGGGCGAUGGCUCUCUUCCAGCACCUCCCUGGAAUCAGCCUUUGGUUCAAUGGUUCAAGUCGCGCAAAUCACCGCAGCAAGAGAGCAUUGCCCGCCCGAAACUACAAUUCCCCAAUCCGUUGAAAACUCUCUCGAUUGUGUUCCAGAAGGACGUGAGUAUCAUCCUCUUCGCCAACGCGGUUCUCUUCGCCGGCUUCUACGACGUCAGUGCCUCGAUUCCAUCCAUCUUUGAAGACCUGUACGGUCUAGAUGAUCUCCAAAUCGGACUCUGCUACAUCCCCUUUGGCCUCGGUGCCACCGUAGCUGCACUCAUCACAGGAAAGAUGCUCGAUCGCAAUUUCCGCCGGUUAGCGAGACUUUCCCACAUUCCUAUAGAGGAAACCCGAGCCCGGAAUCUGCAGGGGUUCCCGAUAGAAAAGGCUCGCUUGCAAGUUGCCCUGCCGACGUUGCUUAUGGGCAGCAGCACGGUAAUUGCCUUUGGCUGGGUCCUGCACUUUGGCGUGCACAUCGCGGCCCCGACCAUCAUCCUCUUCUUCAUGGGAUUGACCCUGACUGGGGCGUUCAACACCGUUAGUACGCUGCUGAUCGACUUUUACCCGAUGAACGCUGCAUCUGCGACUGCGUCGAAUAAUUUUGUCCGUUGUUUGCUUGGAGCCGGCGCGACGGCGUUGAUCGAUCCGAUGCUGAAGGCGAUGGGACGCGGCUGGUGCUUUACGUUUAUCGCGCUGGUGAUGAUGUCGACGACGCCGUUGCUGCUGGUCAUUAUGCACUUUGGGCCGCGUUGGAGAGAAGAAAGACAGGGGAAGCAGGAGGCCAGAUAG